GUGGCCACGCCAGGCUCGCCGCCGGCGGGGGCGCCGCGCUCGCGCCCAGUGGGCGCCGCCUCCACGCCGGGCGCGACGACGCCGGGCUCGCUGUUCCUGCAGCCGGAGGACUCGCUCCAGGCCGCCCCCGCGGCCCGGGCCGGUGCCGGCGCCGCCACGCCCCCGAGAAGGGAGGCCCGGAGGAGCAGCAACAAGAUGUGGCCCGACGCCGCGCGGAGGAGUUUGCUCCUCCUCGUUGGGUGGCACCCCUGCGAGAUUGUUUUUGCUCUCACGGUGGACCCGUAG